AUGUCAGAUUUUCCUCCGCGCUGGGCAACAUUACAUCCCAGUAACUGGACGUCCGUGGAACUGACUCGCUGGCUGGAGUAUGUAGCGAAGGAAUACAAGAUGGACUCCGAGAUGACGGACAAUCUGGUGGACAGCUUCCAGGAUCUGGACGGCAGAAGACUGCUCCAAAUGUCCCAGGACGAUUUCCGUGCUAUCAGCGAACAACAUGGCGAAUUUCUUUUCGAAAUUUUUAAACAAAUGUGUUCAGCAGAGAAUCAGUUCGCCGGGAUGACGUCAGCGUCACUACUGCCCCCUAUAACGGAGAGCAGCCGGUCAGCCACGCCGUCUCCGACGGGGUCCCGAGAAAGUAACGAAGGGGACAACGAUCUUCAAGGAAAACAAAAGGAUUCAUCUAAUAAAUAAACUUGACGUUGACUUGGAA